AUGCCGGACAGCCCCUACAUCGGCAAAACAUAUCGACGAGUGCCACCGCACGACAAUCUACCUCUACCCAGCCCGGGCCUUGGAGUGCAGGUCGGUCUGUCGUGUCCAAGCUGUCCACCUUCAAACAAUCGGUCGCUAGUGUAUUUUUUUGGUGGCGAGGACUACAUCAAAGUCAAGUGUGAAACAGUGCCAAAGCAUUACUACCGAACUUUUAAGCUCAAUCAGCUCAAUCACGAGCUUGCGUUGAUCAACGCUGGUCACAAAUACCCCAUCCCCUUCGACGCUUCCGCUCAUGGCCCCCCCGUGAACCUUCAGGGCGCUGUUGUGCCUGCGAAGCCCAGCAAAAAGACCAAUGCAGCAACAACCUCAACUACAACGCAUCCCAAACGUGGUCCCCCCUCUAUCGAAUGUGCUCGCUCAGCCGAAGGGCCAACCUCAGGGAAACAUAAAAAAUGGGGACAUAUUGGAUGUACAUUACAGUAUUGCAAAUCGUGCUGUGUUGCGUAUGGCACACCUGGAAGCUGCUAUGUCCAUCGACCAAAACCCGCCACCACUACUGCCGCACUUGCCGGCCAAGCUACUACCCCCCCCGCUCGCAAUCAUCUUGCCCAUCCUGCCGAAUUGCCUACGACUGCACCUGCACACCAUCAUAUGUCCCCUCCUGCCGAAUUACCUAAUGCAAAGCGACCCCGGCUGAUCCCCCAGUGCUCUCAAAGCAUCCACCGCGUAGGAACCAUCCUCGAUGAUGACGGUUCCUUGGUGCUCCGUAGAGCUCGACAGUCCCAAGCAGACGCUUUGAUGCGGGCAUCAAAACCUUCAGCCAACGAACAUAAGGAACCACGUACGCCCGUUAUCUCGCACAUAUUUCCAACUUGGCCACUCGCCACUUUGGAUGAAUGUCCAUCACUUCUACGCCAGGCCAAAGAGGCUGCUGGUGCACUGUGGGAUGGCAGCCUGCUCAUCUGGGACGAAGAGAUCAAAAAUUGGCGCGAGGUUCCAGUGACACUGGAACAUAGAUACAUCCAAACGUGUCGAAACCUAGUUAUCUGUGUCCCCAGCCAACGUGUGGCCCUCACUCAAGAGCUUCAGGACGUGUUAGAAGGACUUGGUAUGGGGAAACCGGUUGUACCUAAAUAUCCAAAGGUAUCAAGUGGUACAACUGCAACCAUUGUCAAAAAAGAAUCAAACAUUAAUCAAGCCUUGGCCUAUCAAACAUCGUCGCAAAACAUUUAUGGGUCUUACUUGGACCCGAUAUGUUUUCUUUCGGAUUCGGACUCGGACUUGGACUUAAACUCCAACUCACACUCAGAAACCCCACCGAAUCGGCUGUCCCCACAGCCAUCCUCAUCAUCAGCAGGUCAACAACAAGGCCACCCUUCCACCCCUGAAAGCGAAAUCAUCUCACCUUUAGCUAGUGAUGAACAAGAGCUUUGUCAUAUUGACCGACAUCACACCUGUUUUGGCCAGAUUGAUGUAAAGCCCCCCUUAAAUAACAACAUUGAAGGGGGACCAGUAUCGACCACAUUAUUACGAGAGUGGCCAGGGGAGGAUGUAUUGUUUUCUUCUGUUCUUGAUUGGUACCAGUCCGCCCCCCGUCGUGGCACUCGAAUCCCCCAGUGGAUCGUUUUUUUUGGAAAUACACACGAGUUGGAAGUGCCCACAGCUUACCACUAUUUCGCCUGGGUCAAAAAAACCGGAUACGACCGAAUGAUGAAUUGGCUUAAGAGCUGGCCAGAUGUUGGUGAGAUCAACCAGCAUAAUGUCACUGUCAGUCGAGCGCGGCGAAAUUUUCAGGCCGAGUUCAAUGAAGUCUGUCGGCUAAAGGCACCCGUAGUCUCUGCAGCGCGCAAGCGUGGCAUAAAGGGUCCUCGUGGCAAGUGA